AUGCCGUCGCGGUCAUUAGGACGAAAUGUUGACCUGGAAAGAGAGGAGAGGACACACUUUAAUGGAGAUGACUGCCAACCUCCAGCACCUACAGAAUACACACGCCUCUUAUCACACGAACAUUCUACCUUCCUCAAUCCUGACGAUCCUGCUGUUUCCCCAUACAACCUCUGGACCAUUCGUGCUAUUCAUGGUCUUUCCUCUUUUUUUCUCGCCAUUUCUUGUAUUUGGUGGACUUUUCUGCUGGCUUCAAUGUUUUUCAGUUUCAGAAUGUUAUAUGAUCGGGGCUCCGGCUUCCUUUGCUUCGCCUAUGCAACCCUUACAGCAGCAUACCUCAUCACCACUCUCCUAUUUUUCGCUGUGCCAUCAAGACCUAUGAAUUUCUGGGGUAUACUAAUUGCAGCCUUUCUCUGCGUCGAUAUGAUUAUCAUCCUCGCUGUACCGCGUAUCCUCAUUGAAGAAGGCUGGGUGGGCUUGGCCUCCGUCUCUUGGGCCACAUUCAUUGCCAUUUAUAACAUCAUUCAGACUCGCUGCGUUGAGUGGGGUAAGCGCAGAGAGGAAGAGCGUCUGACAGGUCGCCCUGAAACUAGCCGUUCCCUUCACAAAUGGACUGCAGUGCUUAUACAGACCGCCCUCAUGGCUACUAUUGGGAUCAUCGCUGUUCUCCUCACUUGCAACUUAAUCCUGCGGGUCCGCGACACUUCUUUGCCCGCCCCAGGCAACAGGUAUUACGUCCAAGGUGACAAGUUUCGAAUCCACCUUCACUGCGUGGGUAAUUUCACCAGAAACACUAAUUACCAUGAGAGAUUCCCUACUGUCCUCAUUGAAGGUGGCGAGGGCCCUGUAGAGCACACUCUCGAGCCCUUCAUUCAUAAUGCUUACCAACGUGGCAUGAUACCUCGCUACUGCUAUUGGGAUCGCCCGGGUCUUGCCUGGUCCGAUAAUGCCCCCUCCCCCUACUCGGCUGGAAUGGCCGCUGAUACCCUUUCUGAGGCUCUCUUCCUUGUUGACGAAGAAGGACCCUGGGUACUCGUCUCUGCCGGAAUUGGUGGCAUUUAUAGCCGCAUAUUCGGCAGCCGGCAUAUAUUCCAAGUAUCAGGGCUUUUACUCAUUGACACCAUGCACGAGGAUUAUUUGCCCAUGAUAGCCUCACCGGGUCAUGGCUUUCUUCUAUGGCUUCAAGGGAUAUUCUCGCCACUUGGCGUGGACCGCAUUAUUGGCGCUAUCUUCAAAGGGCGGACUCGGGAGGAUCGUGUCUACGGCUGCAGUGCUUAUCAGACGGGAAAAUACAUCAAAGCUAAGCUUCAAGAGAACCUCUUCGCGAUCUCUAUGACGAAAUCUGAAAUUCAGGCGGCACGCCAAAUCCCUAUGUCUAAUAUACCUUUGGUAGUAGUCAGCUCGGGUGUAGAGGUUCGGAGGAGCCAAAAAUGGGCCAAGACUCAAGAGGAUCUUACCAGAUCUACAAAGAACCUGAAGAAUUGGGAUGUUGUUGAGAACGCGUCGCAUGAGGUCUGGAAGACACCUGAAGGGAUGGAACUGCUGGAGAAGCGACUAAGCGAGUUACUAAGUUGUGAGAUUCCCGGCUGA